CCGGCCAUCAUCGUCCCUGCCCCUGCUGUCUGAUCGCCAUUGCAUUGGCUGCGAGAAUUCUCGGCUGCAUGUCCGAUGCUGGCAGUGGCAAUAAUGGAGUCAUCCGAGCUCAGCUCAUUGCCGGAUCCGAUGAUCAGUAACGCGCCAAAAACGCGACGUACCUAUGGCCGCCAGCGGCCUUCCGUGGAGCCUCAGGACGAAGAAGACACGUCCUUGGACGAGGAAAAGGGUCAGGAAGGUGCUGAAACUAACGCUGCAGAGCGGCGAACGCGAUUCAUUCCACCAUCCUCGAGCGCAAUCACCGUUAUCGCUUCGGACAAGGUUGGCCAGAAUGCGCGCUCGUCUCAGUCUACCGCGACCACUGAACCAAAUGCCUCAGCCGACCUUACGGCCUCCAGCCCUUCGCCACGCAAGCGCCAGCGGCAAAGCUCAGGCAAUCACACUGAGGAAACUACAGCGACUACUUUGCCCGGUGACGACGACGAAAGUCAAAGUUCCGAGCGCGCCGUGAAUGGCAAGUCAAUGCGUCCGCUCCAGGGCGAACUGGGCGAAGACGCGUCUGUGACUGCAAACGCCAUGACUUCGCGUCACCAUCGAAGUGUCGGUUCUUCACAGUUGAGCUCCCUGCCGACGUCCUUCCUCGAAGGUCAUCGCCCCACGCAACCGUCCUCCGAACACAUUCCUCCAAGCAUUAAACCCAAGCCGUCGGGAUCCAGAAGCCAGCUUCAAAACAGGAGUAGCUACGCGGAGAGUGCUGGUGAUGUUGCGAGCGGUCAAGAAGGAGAGCACGAUAGCGCUCAUGAAGUAGCUGCUGUAGAGCCGAUCAGGCUCAAGAGCAACACGUUCGCUGGGAAGAUGAAGGCGCGUAAUGUCAAUGCGAAUCCAUCACAUCGCCUCGAACGUGUGGGCCGUCCGCAAGCCGUAGAUGAACGCGACAGCAUCCAAAAUGACUCGGAUUCGAGCGGUGAUGAUUCUCGUGGUGCGCGUCUUGCGGCCGGGCCUUCCAAGGCGGACAAGCUCAAAGCCCUUGCCGAGCGCCGCCGCGUUGCUACAGUGUUAGAAGAAGUGGAAGAAGGGAUGCCUGCGGCCAAAGCUGGUCCAUCAACUGCUUUCAAGCCCAUCCCGGCAUCUGUUGCCAUACAGCACACACUUUCCGGCAAACAUCAUGAAUCGGAAGGUGACGAACUUGAUGAGCUGGACGACCAGGAUGAUGAUGACAUCAUGAACAGUGACGGUAGCGACAUCGACAACGACCUUCCCGAUCUUGGCAAGACGCUGCAAACUGUCGCGCGCCAGAAGAAGACGGAGCAAGCACUCGAACGCAAGGAAAUGCUGGAACGAUUCAAGCAGAACCGACGAGAUGGCAGGGCAAACAAGGGGGACAAGCCGCAGACGAAACUGGUGGAGGAUGAAGAAUCUAGCAGUGAAAUAAGCAGUGGUGACGGCAGUUGUACCGGCUACGAGAAAAGUCUGUGGACGAAGCCGAAGACGAAGAAGACCAAGGGAAGCAGGAGAACUGAGGCUGCGAAACCUCUAAAGAUCAAACCGCUCAGCGCGCGCGAGAAGGAGGAAAUGAUCAAAGAGUCCGAGCGGCUGGAGCGUGUCAACAAGACGCGCAAAGCACGCGAAGCGUACGAGAGUCGGGUGGAGAAGGCGCCGCCGCAGCUCUUCGGCCUGUCUGAAAUGCGGCAACGAAUCCAAGCCAAAGAAGAACAGCGCAAGCGCGAUGAACAGCUCAGACGCUCCGGGAAUGUGCUGGGGCGCCGCGUGUUUGGCACACAUCCUUCUGAUCCCAUCGAGGACUUUGGACCCAGCACGCAAGCUUCCAGCUCCGCCCAACCGCGCAGGAUCUCUCCCCGGACCACCCCGCCACGGGCACAGCAUCCGACUGAACGUGCCGCUGAUUCGAUGUCCACGGGCGUCAAGCGGGAGCUCUUUCUGGAACAGUCAGACGAUGAAGAUCCACGUCUACAGACCACUGUGGAAAACAUGCUCAAAAGUCACCUUGAGGAUCUCGAGCGCAAGGCCGCCAAGCAAGCUUGGCAAGAACGGAAGUUGAUAAUGUUCGCCAGGCACGAGGCCAAAAAGAAGGCAAUCGCGCCCAGCCAUGAUCGGGCUGGCAGUGCAGAAGGCAACGGCGCCGGAGACCGUGCGAUGGAUAGCAAGCCGCUUGCCGUUCUGCAAGACAUGGAGGUGAAGCAUGUGCGAUCACUCGUGACGAUGGGCUCAACCCCACAGGCUCCAGGUUGUGCGAAAGAUGAAUACAGCAUUGUCAAAGGCGGUCGUGCCGUCCUUUUCGCUGAGGACAUUGCGACCUUCGCAAAGGAGGCAACCCCAGAACCAGCGUCUCACGCUCACGCUCCAGUGCACAGUAGCAAGCAUGCGCCCGGAUUUGACCAUGUCACCAAUGGGUCGCUCAACUUGAGUCUUAGAGAGCGCAUGCGCUUGCAGAACCGUCAGAAGCGGUCCUUGCAAGCCGAUCUGGCGGCUAAGAAAGGCAUCAAGGCUCUCAAAGCUUAUGAUCCCACGGAGCGCACCGUGCAUGCGACUGCGGAAGAGAUCGAGGAGGCGCUCAAGGCUGUCGGGGAGGGCGGUGAAGGGAACGACGACGACAAUGCCGAUGAUUCGGACUUUGACGCCGGGAGCGCAUUCAGCGGCGACAUCGAGCAGGAAGAAGCCAGCCGUGCACAAUUUGACAUUGCCUCAGGCAGCGAGGAGAAUGACGAGGAUAGUGAGAAGGAAAACGACCCCCCGCCACGCAGUCUUCCAAGCAGCCAACACAGUUUCAGAUCCGCAGCAACCGCUGAAGUGCACGGCCAACAGGACAACGACGAGGAUGAAGAUGCAGGUCCAACCCACCAGACCGCCCGUGCACAUCGCCGCCAUGCUGUUGCGUCAGAUGAGGACGACGAAGAAACUGUUCGUCCCAGUCCGCAAUGCAGGUCGAUCUCGCAGGGCAGCGGAUCACGCUCCGUCCUUGGGCCGCUCGUGCAGCAGCAGGAGCAAUCACCGGCGAUGGAAGUCGGGGAGCUGGAAGAACCGAAUCCAGCGCAAGGCACUUCGUGCUCAUCUCAGCUGAUGCCGCCGCCGCCAAUAAUCGAGACGCAGCGACCGUUCGGAUUUACAGCGUCUGGUUCGGAUCUCAAACUGGGAGACGAGCCGGGCCUUUCGAACGAUGUCUUUGGGCAAUUCUUCACAAAUACACAAACUCAAGCCAAGUCCUUCGGCCUCCCGAGUGCGCCAAUCGGCCGACAGCCUUCCUCCGUCCUCGGUACUGAGGGCAUUGGCGGGUUCAGCCAAUUCUUCCAAGAGACGCAAGCGGGGGCCAGUACGCAGAAUGAAGACAACCAAGCUUCUGCGGCGAAUGACGCGUUUGCAGCGCUGCGCAAGGAACAGGCCUCCAAAGCCGUCCUUGACUCUGACGAUAUGCUUCCAUCCAUCGACACCGAGGAUGCUGACCGAUAUGAAGCAGAGGCUGAUGAGGCUGAGCAGCGGCAUCUGUUGCAGCAACGGAGGGCGAUGUUGGACACGCCGAAGCAAUAUCUCAACAAGUACGGGCUGUACACGCAGACGAAGCCAUCAAUGCAGAGUCAAGCGAUCGAGAGUCAGAGCCAAGACUGGCUUGGGGCAACUCCACAACACAGCUUCUUUGAGAGUGUCGAGGAUGAGCACGAAUCACCGCCGCUAGAAAGCCCAAGCAAGGAGCCGCAGCAGCGUAUCAAGCGCCGCUUCAGACUGGGCAACCGCCAAUCGUCGCCUGCAGCGGAGUCUAACAAAGGGCUUGCAAUGAGAGAGGAUGAGCAGAAGUCCGCACAGCAUCUGAGGGGGUCAAGUAAGCAAACCGUGUCACAGUCCGAGUUCAGGGAUGAGGAAAGUGCGGACGAGGCCGAGGAGCUGCAAGAGGCGCAAUCAUCGCUUCCAACGCAAUCUCAGAAUGCAUUCCAAGCACUCAUGGCCGGGGCCGCAGCUGCUGAGCAACCGCAACAACAGCCCGAAUCGCGCAAGCGCAAGUCUGCAUUCAUUGAGGGUGAGGCUGCGGAAGACUCAGAGGAGGAGCUCGGCGGUUUCUUCUCGAGGCAGCGCAAGGGCGGUGCAAUGGCGGGCGUCUUCAGCGAUGACGAGAAGGACGAUGGCGGAGAUGAGGAGGACUCUGAGGACGAUGGAGAUGCUAAAGACAUCGAGGGCCUCGUCGAUGAUGUCAAGGAAAAAGAUGAGGCGAUGAAAGAUGAGAUGAUGAGACAGAAAGUCAAAGAGCAUCAAGCUGAAGAUGACGCGGCAUUGGAGAAGCGGGUUACACGUCUCGUCGACGGUAAAUGGCGCUUGUCGAAGAAGGGUAGCAGCGCGAUGGAGGACGCACUCGACGAGGAUGCAGACGAUGCAGACGACUUGCGACGUAUCCAGAUGCCGGCUGCAUACCGCGCGCACAAGCGCACGGUCGAUGGCGAGGAUGGCUUGGAGGCUCUGAAAAACAACCCUGAAUGUGCAGCCUUCCUCCGAAGCUACCACGGCGCCGCCGAGAAAGCUGAAAGCGGCAUGAACUUUUUGGCAGAGGUGGAUGGUGGAGAUUCAUCUGGCGAUGAUUCUGAUCAUUCAGAGGGAGGCUCUGCAGACGAUGAUCCGACGCGGGAGAAGAUUGACAUGGCAGAGCUUCGCAAGCAUUUGCGUGAACAGAAGAGGCUUGCGCGAGAGGAGCUAAGGCGUAAGGCUCAGCGGAUCGAGGAUGAUGAAUCGGAGGAUGAGCGCGAGGCUGCUGAGCAUGAGAAGCAGGAGGCCGAGCAGCUAAAGCGCAAACGGGAACUAAAUAGCGACGACGAGGGUCAGAUUGAGGUGCAUGACCGGUUGAGGAGCAGGGAAGCGGCAAUAGCGCUAGCGCCUUCAACUCUCCAUGGAGCGUCGGCAGGGCAGGCCGAAGAAGAUGACUACCACCUCCGUCUCUUCAAAGCCCGCACUGCCCCUAACAAAGAGAGGCUGGAAGAGUUCGCCCAGGAGAACGACUUCUCGAAUCGCGCACAGACCUUCCAGAUGGGAGGUGAAGGUGGCGGCGGCCGGUCAGGCGCAGGACAUGGUUCGUCUGUGACGAGCUUCCUGACGAACGGUCGCGCCGCUCGCACAGCCGACGCGUCGCAGCAAAAGAAAGCAGGCAGCAAAUCGACGUGGACGACGAACACAAGCGGAGCAGGCGCUGCGAUGAAGAACCCUACGCAGGCGCCGACAAAGGCGAAAGUCUUAACUGCCCUGUCGAGCAGAAGUCAGAAGUUCAAAUGAGCCAGCGACGAAUAAUCCCAAGGACCUAAUUAUCACAUAUCACAUGCCUCAAUGUAGCAUAGCAAUCAAACAUGA